AUGUCGGAAGACCAGGAGAACGUCGCGCCUAUCUCGCGCAUACCACGACCAACCGGAACCUCACCCGCCCUCAAAUCCGGUAUCCCAACCCUCUCCGGCCUCGGCCUCGGACUCGGCGUAGCAAAGCGCAAGGCGCCCUCCUCACCUAUCCAGCCGGCGAAACGCGUCGCUUCCGGCUCGAACGGACCAAAUUCCUUGGUACAAAGCACCAGUACCGCCCGGAAAGCGUCAUCAGGAUUCGUACCCACCGCUAGGAAACCCGUGUCAUCCACUGGAAGCUCGGCUGGCCGUCCUGUCGCUGCACCCGUCGGAAGACUGUCGGGCACUUCGACGAGGUCGGCCAGUCUGGCUAGUACGUCCAGUGCUGGGUCUUCGUCGACCAUCUCGACGCGAGCGAGACCGGCCGGGAUCGGCGCAACGAAGCGGCCGCCUGCUAGUGCGAGUGCUAGUGCUUCGGCGAGCACGAGUGCGGUGCGGCCGAUACCAGGGAGUCGACUGGGGAAGAGUGCGGGACCAGGGAGGGGUGUCAGUCCGGGCUUCGGCGGUGUGGGGAUGGGCAGCGGGUCACAAGCGAAGAGCCAUAAUGUGGACGGAUUGCAGGAGCUCAUCGAGCGGGAAAUGUCGCAAAUCGAAUCUCAAAACCUGAUCGCAUUGAAGCAGAACGCGGACAGAGAAGCCCGACAACACCUCUCCGCAGCGAGCGAAGAAUUAGCACUCCUCAGAUCCAGCCACGCGAGGGAAGUGGAGGAGCUGGAGAAGCAAGUUCAGCGCAAAGAUCGCGAGAAGCGGGGGCUGGAGGAGGAGCUGAGGGAGAGUAGGGAUGAGAUUUCGAGGGAGAGACAGACUGUGCGGGAUCUCAAGCAAUCCAUGGCUGAGCAAUCCACCCAACAUAUGACACUCUCCGCUCAACUGACCGCUUCUCAGUCCCAAUUAUCCAUCCUCCAGGCCGAAAUACAGCGCGCGACGCUUAGCGUGUCGAGCAUGAAGGCCGAGUUGGAGGUUGGGCGGCAAAAGGCGCGGGACGCGGAGGAUCGAGCGCUCAAGAAGAUCCAGGACGCGGAGGAGGACCGGGAUAAGCGGAUAGCGGAGAUUGAAGAGCAGCUGCGCACGGCAGAGACGAUACGUCGGAAACUGCAUAAUCAGGUGCAGGAGCUCAAGGGGAAUAUCCGGGUUUUUGCGAGGGUUCGGCCUGCGCUGGCGCACGAGGCGGAAUCGCCAGAUGGAGUCGCAGAGAUCAAGUAUGGCGAUGAGCGUAAAGAAGCAGAGACGGGCCAGUCGGAGAUUACGUUCAAGAGCCGGUCCGAGACGGCCAUGGGGAAGGAGAGGGAGCAGGUGCAUUCGUUCUUGUUUGACAAGGUGUUCGAUCCGAGUGCGGGGCAGAAGGAUGUGUUUGAGGAAAUAUCGAUGUUGGCGCAGAGCGUGUUGGACGGGUACAAUGUUUGUAUUUUUGCGUAUGGCCAGACUGGGUCAGGGAAGUCUUGGACCAUGGAAGGAGGCGAUUCUGACGAAACGGCGGGUAUGAUCCCUCGAGCGAUCGAUAUGAUCUUCACGGCGUCUGCGCACCUCAAGGACCGUGGAUGGAAGUAUCAGAUGGAGGGGCAGUUCUUGGAGGUGUACAAUGAGGUGAUCAAUGAUUUGCUCGGUAGUGGUCAAUUCGACACCAAGAAGCACGAGAUCAAGCAUGAUAAAGAAGGCAAGAUGAGUGUGACCGACGCAGUUAGCAUCCCCCUCAGCAAUCCCCGACAAGUCCAUACUCUGCUCGACCGCGCAAAAUCCCGCCGAGCGGUCGCUGCGACGCUGAUGAAUGAGCGCUCCUCCCGUUCUCAUUCGGUCUUUACGCUGAAAGUGCGGGGUGUCAACCCGUUGACGGACGAGAGUUGCGAGGCGAUGCUCAAUCUCGUCGAUUUGGCCGGAUCGGAACGCCUCGCCUCGUCUGGCGCCGAUUCGAACAAGGACCGUAUGAAGGAGACUAUCAAUAUCAACAAGUCGCUCUCUGCGCUUGCAGAUGUGAUUGGGGCGCUGGGGCAGGGACAGGCGGGUGGGCAUGUGCCAUAUAGGAAUUCGACGUUGACGAGGCUGUUGCAGAGCGGCUUGAGCGGAUCAAGCAAGACGCUCAUGAUGUGCAACCUCUCACCCCUAUCGGCACAUCUCGGGGAGACGCUGUGUAGUCUGAGGUUCGCAACGAAGGUGAAUAGCACGGUGGUCGGCGCGGCGAAGAAGCAGGUCACAAAGUAA